UGCCGCGCCGAAGACGCAAAGAUUGGUCCUCCUCUGCACAUGAGACAUGGGCCGCAUCUUCCGAUCAUUGGUUGCUAUGCUGUUUAUGCUAAUGAUGAAGAAAUGAUCGUCUUACAAGAUGAAAUUAUGACAAAUUGACGACAUGACGUGGGAAGAUGUAAACGGUGGUCCAACAUGUCCAAAAUAUAAUCGAUGAGCGGAUGUCAUUCCCAGUAGAUUCCGUCAAGCACCCACCCAAGAAGUUGAAGCCACUGGAUGCCAUGGCCUCCACCCAGAAGCUAGAGACAGUGGAGCUGCACAGCCUGCACCUGCUGGGGAACACCACCCGUCUGCCACCAGUGCCAAAGGCCACCACGCCCACCAUCCGCCUGUCGGUGCCCCCACCCGGCCACUUUUCACACCAUGGGGUGGACAUUGUCACAUCGGAUCAUGACGAGGCGUGCGGCGGUUUGGUCAAUACAGGAUACGUUUCAGAUGGAGGAGGGGCUGUGUCACCCAUGCAGCUUGAGGGUUUGGCUAGUGGCAAGCAGAGCAGCCUAAGUCAUUUGUCCUCAGACCGGGAUGGCGUAAUGAGUACUUUGUCCACAAGUCCUUGCCCAUCAAACGGCUCAGUCAUUGAUUCUGUCUUCAGCUCAACUGGGGAUCUGAUUCAAGCAGCGAAACCCACUCGGAGGGGUCAGGUACACUCCAUGAAUGAAUCUCUUGGCCUUCCACAUGCCGCUGAGAUGAUGAACAAGCGUUUCAGUCUCCCUGGCUCCAUGGACCAUCUUAGUCCCAUCUCUGCCAUCCUGCCACCGGCGAUGGCCGUUGGCAGCAACAGUCACUCCGUGGCCACCCGGACCUUGUCCCUGCAGAACCCGGACCUCCUUAACUCCUCCCAGCUGAUGAAGAGCUCGCCUCGCAGCGGCUCCCCAUCGCUGCGGACGGGUGGCUGGUUCCAAAAGCGACCCUCGGCAGUCAGCUCUAUGAGCAGUUUGAGUGAUGUGAGCUGCAUGAGCAACAGCUUGGACGAAGAUACUGUUGCUGCUAACACCCGUCAGAAACUCCAGCAUCUUGUCAAGGCCGUCACUAAGAGAGCAAAGAAGGCAGGACGCAAUGAGGUCACGCCCAUCUCCACCGUCUCAGCCACGCUCGCUCCUCCAGUUGUCCACAAUAUCCGCAAACGCCUGGACUCGUUUGCUCCCAGCAGUGCCACAGAUGUCACCACAGAGGUCCACGUCAAGAAAUUUGGCUGCUGUAGGGUCCUUACCCUGCGUAACUGGUUAGCUAAAUACACCUGCCCGGAUGCCAUUGAUCCAACAGGAGGCAUGUGGCUGACCUGGUUGUUUCUCGUCGCCCUGGUUUUCAUCUAUAAUGCCAUCUCCAUCUUCCUGCGAGCAGCCUUCCACGAGGACACCAUCGGGGCAGAGACCACCUGGCUCUACUUUGACUACCUGGGCGAUUUCAUCUACUUGUUGGACAUCAUUCUGCACACCCGGCUGCUGUACUUUGAAAACGGUCAGAUCCAGAGAGACAAGGUGUUGAUGAGGAAGCAUUAUACCAAGAGCUGGCAGUUCAAGUUGGAUGUCCUGUGUCUAAUCCCCUUGGAUUUCAUCUACUUUGCCAUUGGCAUCUUCCCAAUCCUUCGUCUGCCUCGUCUGCUCAAGCUCCACAGCUACAAUGAGUUUGUGCAGAAGUUUGAGAACAAGUCCAAGUCAGCCAACAUAUUCAGGGUUGUGAAAACCAUUGGCUACUUGCUGUACAUGAUCCAUCUGAAUACCUGCUGCUACUAUGUCAUUUCCAGUUGGGAGGGGAUCGGCAGCAACGAGUGGGUGUACAAUGGUGAUGGCAAUGCCUACAUACGUUGCCUGUACCGAGCAACAAAAACUCUCAUCACCAUUGGCAACCUGCCGACCCCCAUCACCACAUUUGAGUUCUUCUUCAUGAAUAUGGAUUUUAUGGUUGGCGUCUUUGUCUUUGCCACCAUCAUUGGACAGAUGCGAGACAUUGUGGGGGCAGCAGGGGCGUCCAAAGGUGCUUUCCGCCGGCGUAUGGACAACACCAUGUCACUGCUGAAGAUCUGGAAGAUCCCAGAGAGCGUGCAGAGGAGAGUGCGUCUGUGGUUUAUGUACUCUUGGGAUCGGAGAGAACUCCUUGAUGAGAAGGAAAUCAUGAAGAAUGUACCAAUCAAAAUGCAGACAGACAUUGCAAUCCAUGUUCACAUGGACACUCUCAGCAAAGUCUCCCUGUUCCAGGAUUGUGAUAAGAUGCUGUUGCGCGAUCUGGUGUUGAAACUACGACCGGUACUCUUCCUGCCUGGCGACUACAUCUGCCGUAAGGGUGAAGUGGGCAAAGAAAUGUACAUCAUCAAAAAUGGGGCCGUGCAGGUGCUCGGUGGACAAAACAAUCGAACUGUGCUGGCUACACUGCAUCCAGGGAGUUACUUUGGAGAAAUAAGUUUGUUGAGUGUAGGAUGUGGUAACCGCCGCACUGCGGAUGUGUACUCUCCUGGCUACUCCAAUUUGUUUGUUCUUGACAAGAGGGUCCUGCAAGAGGUUGUCACCAACUACCCAGAUGCACAGGAGAGUCUCAAGAGAAAAGCAAGAGAGAUCUUAAAAAAGAACCAGGCCAACGAAAACAUGGGCAAGAAGCGGCGGGGCAAGUCGCUGAUUGCCGAGUCCAUCCUGUUGAAGGAUAACAACACGGAGAGCAAAUUCUUCAAUGCCGUGCUGGAGGUGGCCCGGGCCAACAAGAUUGCCAGCACCAUCCUGAAGGGGUCCUACCGCAGCGGCCUGAACGAGAUCCCAGAUGAAAUCGCCCACUACUCCAAGUCAGACAUCUCUUCAGAUGAGCUCAUCUUUGGAGGAAGAGCCCAGCACAAGAGGAAAAAGAAGUUGGUCAAGAGAGCCAAAAAGCACCAUCACAACCCCAACCACUCCAACGAAGACUCUGAAUCCCAGAACGAGCAUGUCAGUGGCUGUCCACCGCAACAGCAGCCACAGCAGGCUGGCCGUCGUGAGGCAUCCCACCCAAAACGGCCCAUACGUCGGGCAGCCAGCGUGACAUCACCCAACCUCAAGGAUCUGCAUGUCAUGCGGAUCAUUAGCGGCAAGGGCCACUCACCUCGGGAGAGUGUGGGUAAUAUGAACCUUCUGUGGGACAAGGAGGGUGAUGGGGCUUCCCCUGGGAGGUCCAGCAUGACUGGCAGCAUCCUUCUAGAGGAAGAGCAAAAUGAGGAGAACAGCAACCCCAAGAGAAAGCAGAUUCACAAGAAGAGCAGCUCCAAGUCCAACUUUUCUGGCAUAAAGGAGAGGCACCGCAUGGCUCGGAGCAUCAGUGAUGUGGAGAGAGAGGAGAAACGUUCUCAGGAGAGAGAGCGGUCCAUCCCUCCUACCGCUGAGACGGGACAGGAGCAAAGACCAUCCACUGAUCACUCCAUGUUUGAGGAGGAUGUCGCUCAAGGCCCUGCAACGAGCAGCCCACAGAAGAAGGACAGCACUGAGGGAGCAGAGUCUGACCAAUCCGAGGACAUAUACAAUGGACUGUCCUCGGAUGGAAGCAGCACCACCCUGAAUGGAUCUGAGGACCGUCAAAGCAAGGCAUCUACUCUACAAGGAGAGGGGUAUGACUCCAGCAAUGAAGCCUCCACUGGCUCAAAGAACUAACCCUUGCAGCUCGGACAACUUUGCCAACACAACAGACCUUAUUCUCUGGAAGGCCAUUUUGACUGUUUCCCCCCUGAAUCUAUCUCACUCAAAAAGAAUCUGCUAAAUGGGGUGGAGCCAGACUAUUUAGGGGUUCUAAGGUUAAAUUUUUGUUGUUCUUUUAAACGUGGCUCAAGACAAUUAGAUAUAAAUAACAACAAAUUUUAAAUUAGUCAACAGUAGACACUGGCAUCAAUAUGGAAUUACAAAUAACAAUAAAUUUGUAGUUAUUUUAUUGCUUUCAUUUUUAUUCUGAGGUUCACAACAUGAAAGUUAAUCUAACUUUCAAUUCAAUAUGGCCAACCAGUGAAUAAAGUCUAUUUAUCCAAUUUUUAUGGUCUGGAAGUGUCAUGUGUUAAGAGGACUUCCUAAAUGAGACAAUAUACUUUUUUAAGUGGAAGUACAAUACAAAAUGCAUGCCGGAUACCCAUGCUUUAUGAUUGCAAUGUAGAAGCAUUUACCUCUUCAUGUGCUCGUGCAAAACAAACAGUUCAAACUGUCCGUUAUCAUCAGCAAUCGGCUUAGGCAGUUCUAGAGGUUUUCAGCCAAUAGAGUCACCAAAGAGUUAACCUUUGUGAUUAGCAAUGUAAAUUUAGUUUGAUGCAGUAUUAAAAUUGGCAUUCAACCACUUCCAAGGACCAAAAGGACAAUGAGCAUCAUGUUGAUCAACUAGAGAAGUGUUUGGUCAUCUGUGAAAAUUAAACUGUAGGUUUUGUGUAUGAUUUACAGAAUACCAGUUUUGAUCACCAUCGUUUAGAGUGAAUCAUAUUUGUUUUCUCUUAGGAUUUUUCAACUGACCCGCACAAUCACUGAUAAGGCUUUUGUGUUUGAUGUAUUUUGUAGUUAAAGAUCUUUUAUGUCAAGAUGUGGAUAAAGUGAAUUUCAUUUCAGGAACAUAAUUAGAACAUUGCUGGAAAUCUGUUCAGUACUUCACGUGAGUAGAUUUACACCCAUGUCACUCUUUACACCCUUUUCCACAAAAGUAGGUAAAUGGUGGCAUAGAUUUCUUUGUGCCAGUCUUAGAAGGAGGGGACAUGCUUUCCCAACAUACACAUGUAUAGUUUGGUGUGUGUACAAGUUAAGAGUAUACCGUUCAAGAUGGCACCACUCCAACCAUCCACAGUUUUGACAUUUUCUUGCUGGAGGUAAAUUGGUUAGGGGGAGUAAUCGGGCUUACAGUGCCCACCAAAAUCAGAGAAAAAUUACCAGUACAGCAACAUGAGUGUCUCUUUUAUUACUUGUUUUGAUGUAGAGGACAAUCGUCUUUAAGAAUUAAAUUCUGAUGAAAGCCACUAGUUUCAUUCCCGGUUUCAUUCUCAAUAUCUGCACAUUCAUUUGCAUGUUAUUUACGUAGUCCAUCACCCAUUUAGCUUACUGGUUAGCACAGCUAGUUUUUUCCUUUUCCUUACAUUUCAAGUUGACACAGAUCUGACUCAUCACUUUCCUCGCAGGUCACAAGCGUGAUCCUUAGCAGCAGUUUCCCCUUUUUUCACAGCAAGCUCGGCAUCCCAACUUGCUCUGUACUUGGAAAGAUAAUUUCUUCGUCUAAAUUGGGCACAAUAAAUCAAGGGCUUGCUCAUGUCUUACACUGCAUAUCAAGGGAGUUGUGGCUGGGUCAUAUAAAGGAAAGGUUGAGCGAGUCACUAUGGUGAAAAGCCAGUGGCUGAGCUUUCAGCUAAUGGAUUGAAAGUAGGUAAUUUAUGUUAUGACCAUGAAGCUGUGUGAUUGAGCCAAAUGAGCCAAUGUUGUAAAUAUAUAAUAUAUUUAUGAUUAAAAUAAAAUAUUUAUGUAUAUCUGUUCCUCAACAAUUUCAUGUUUAUAUGAAAGAACAUUAAGGUAACUUUAUAUUCAUAGAUAUUUUAUGUUUAUAUAGAGGAACAGUAAGGAAAUUAUAUUGUGCAAUAUUUAUCUGAUACUUGAUAUGUUUAUGUUUCACCUUGAAUUAAAAUCUGAGUGAGUGCAAGGUUGGUUUCAGUCAUGACACCUCAUAACACUCAUUUAACAGCGUACAUUCCCUGACAUUUGUAUGUGACAGUUUGAGAUAUUUUUUUUGCAGAAGCAGGGUUAACAUUAAACACUGUUGGAAACACGGGUUUGGUGAAUUAGCAAUGCUUGUAUCAGUGUAUAUUUCAUUGCAUCCAUUUACACGCUUUCCUGAAAGUUACAAUAUUGUACUAUACAUUAUCAAAAUGUUUUAUGUGCUUGCCUGACAUAAUAUUCUACACUGUCCGUGGGAAAUAAGUCAUCCAGUUUCCUUGAAAUUAAUAUUUAUUUUAUCAUAUAAAACUUUAUUGUACUUCCGAUUCCAGUCUUUGCAUGUACGCACUUUAGCUUCUUGGACAGUUCGGUCCAUUAAAGAUGCGUUAUUUCGGAGAGUGUAAGUGGGAUUUCACUCCCAAAUGCUAUUGUUUCUGAAUUAUUGUAGCAGAUUGUGUUGUUUGAUGUGCAGUUAUGUAGACUAUGAUGGACAAUUGUGAAGGAUGCCGUUAUUCAAAAUCUUCACAUGUUGUCGUGUGUUUUUACUGGUGUAGGCCGACUGUAUUUUUCGAAAUUGUGAGCCUAAAUUUAAAUAUACCGUAAGGUUGCUUGUACUAAUUAUCUCUGAAGAAAUCUCGUUCGCAUUGCCGAGAAUUUUGUCGCCGGCAGCAUACCUUGAUGGGUAGGAAUUUUUUUUAGGUUAAGAGACAUCAAGUUUCAGUGUAGGCCUAAAUGCCUGGUUUUGGAGAACAGAAAAUGGCCGAACCGUAUAGAUAUAUAUAUUUGUAAUAUAUCCGCAUUGGGUGUUCAUGGUUGUGCUGGGGCAAAAUAAAGAGCACCAGCGAAAAGUUGUCAACCCAAAUUGCUACCUUUUUGUUUGGAGUUUCCAAGAACCCCUGUUUGAAGAUGAGGCCAAGCUAACACGUGUGCAUGCUUGUGAAUGUUCUAAAUCCGUUCAACACCUGUGCAAUGUAAUAAAGUGUUCUGCUAUAUACCUGUU